AUGAGCAGUACCCAGUGGAUAGACUGGUCCAAGACGACCAAGUCCAAGAACUACCAUGGCAGCAGCUCCUUCGCGACCUUCCUCAUCAUCGGGCCCGUCUGCUUCUUCCUAGGCAUCCUCUUCGCCUCCUUCCCCUACGACUUCCCCCUGCUGUGGUCCUCGGCCCCCGUGCCGGCCUCGUACUACGACAUGCUCGAGACGCACCUCAAGUUCAUGCACCAGUCCCCGCCGCUCAUCGCGCGCCUGCUGACCAUCGUCAUGGCCGUCGGCUUCCUCGGCUUCUUCGUCAAGCUGUUCCGCCCCUCCGAGGCCAACGUGCUCUUCGACGGCUCCUCGCUCGUCCUCUACGUCAUCGGCGCGGGCAUCUACAUCGCCAACAUCGUCACGGGCCUGCGCUCCGUCUCGGCCGGCACGCUCGGCCGCUCGCAGUUCGACACCGCCGCCGCCGCCGGGGGCGACGCGGCAGCGGCCGCGGCGCAGGCCAAGCACGUCGUCGAGGGCCCGCUGACGGGCCAGGUCGAGCUCACGCGCGAGGACAGCCUGCGCGUGCUGAGCGCCAGCAACACCAUCCUCGCGCUCGUGCUCGUCGGCGUGCUGGUCCUGCAGGCCGGGCAGUGGUACGCCGAGCGCAAGGACGCCGACGACCAGGAGAUCCUCGAGCAGGAGAAGCGGGACAAGGCCGCGGCCGCGGGCGCCGCCAAGAAGAAGCAGUGA